UCAAGGGGAUUACCAUCUUGUCUACUUUCACAUUGACUUUAAAAAAGGGAGCAUGACGUUCUUUUUUACUAUGUAUGGUGUUGGAUUUUACACACAGAUGUCUUGGCUGCGGGAAAGUUGGCUACAAAAGUGAGGCGUGGCUUGAAUAGCCAGGUGAAAGAUAAAAUCCAUAAACCCUGCCAGGUAUAACAGUCAGGUUGAAGGAAAAGAAAAUCAGUUCCUCUAAAUCUGAGACCAUGCUUAGUCGGAAAAGGGUAGAAUGCCUUCUCCGGGUUAGGGAUGAAAGCCUGUCUCAAGUGGAGGAUUUUAAGUAUCUUGGAGUCUUGUUCACGAGUGAAGGAAAGAUGGACCAAGAUCAAUAGCUGAAUUGAUGCUGCGUCUACAGAUUUAUCGGCUAAUCUACAGUCCUACCCUAAUGAGCUUUGGGUAGUGACCGAAAAAUGAGAUUGUGGAUACAAGUAGCCAAAACGAGUUUUCUCCGCAGGGUGUCAGGGCUCUCCCUUAAAAAUAGGGUGAGAAUUCCCGGUCAUCUGGGAGGCGCUCAAAGUUGAUCUGCUGCUCCUCCACUUUGAGAGGAGCCAGUUGAGGUGGCUCGAGCAUCUGCUGCCUCCUGGACUUCUUCCUGAUGAGGUUUUUCAGGCACGUCCAACCAGGAGGAGACCUGGAGGGACUAUGUUUCUUGGCUGGCCAGGGAACUCUUUGGGAUUCCUCUAGGGGAGCUGGCCAAAGUUAUCGAUUUAUUUAAGAGGACAUUGCAUAUUUAUAAACAGCAAUACAACUGUAAAUAUGCCAGACUGUAGCCUUAGGCUAAUUUCCAUCUGCUGUCCUCUGGCAGGUUAAUGUCAACAGAGAUAAAUCAAAAUAGAACAUUUAGGAGCACAUUGUACAAAAAACAAAAAUGAAAACAAGUAAAAAUAUAAAUGAUUGCAUAUUUGAGCUCCCAGUCGCCACAGUUUCGAUUUUCUUUUGAAAUGAACAAAUCUUGAGCUUUCCUUCACUGGUGUAGGAAUGUUUAGCCCUGGAAUGACGUUCCCCUAAAAGGGAGCUCACAGUCACCUACUGUAACUCGAGUUACUCUGGAAGAGUCCCUAUGUGAUUUUUGAAUAAUGAAAUCACUCAAUGGUGGAGGGGCUAGACCAUGAAUAACUUUAUAGACGAGGCAAGCAGAUUUAAAACGUUGAGAACUCAGUAGACAAUAUUUAUCCAGACUUGGGCAGUGAUGGUACAUCAUUGGCUUGUCCAGAAUUUUCAUUGCUCUUUAGCAAGGACUCAUCAGGUCUGAUAGCAGAAGAGACAGUAAAUGACCAGCUGGUGAUGCAAUAGCCAAUGUGAGACAAUAUCAUCGAAUGUAAAAAUGUGCCUACUGCUUUAACUGUCAGGGACGCUCAUAUUUUUUAAAUUGCGCAAAUUAUAAUUUACAGUUUUGACAACAUUUAGCACAUUUUCUAAAAGAUUUGGAAUCUGUGACUGGGAAGAGCGAGGUCUGGGUCUCUGCUUAGGCUACUGACCGCGGAUAAACGGACAAUGAUGGAUAGAGAACAGAUUUCAAUUUAAGAAUUGUCCUCAUGAUGCAUGCAGGGUUUUACGUCAAAUACAGCAUCCCAACACAGGAGAAAAGAGGGGUUACAAUCAAUCAGUCAUUUUAUUUAUAAAGCCCUUUCCCACCCCCAAUCAAGGGGGCCCAAGGUGCUGAACAUACUGUAGUGCAAAGAAGCAGCACAAUAAAACAGCCCUAUAAUAAAAUACAGAGAAUGAGCUAAAAACAAUAAAAAUUGUGAUCCAAAACAUUAAAAUGUGAAUAAAACAACUAAGAAACAGAUCUAAAAUACAUCUUAAGCCUUGCUUUAAAAGUGGGCAUUGAUGUGAACUGCUUGAUUUCUUGUGGGAGUUGGUUCCAAAGCCGAGGAGCCAGAACUGCAAAGGCACGAUCACCCCAGACUUGCGCCUUGAUCGCAGUACCACCAAAAGGUCACUCUGACCCAAACGUAGCAAUCUUGCAGGGACGUAACGGGUCAGCAGGGAGGCUAAAUGUUGUGGCGCUGAUCCAGCAGGGAUUGAAAAAGGAUUUUGAACAAGAUGCAACUCUUCACCGGUAGCCAGUCCAAAGCUGUCAGGAGGGGAGUUACAUGGUCCCAUUUACGGGCUCCAAACAGAAAUCUGGCAACAGCGUUUUGGACCAGCUGGAGCCGAGUCAUUAAGGACUGGCUCAAGCCAGUAUACAGGGAGUUGCAGUACUCUAGCCUAGAGAUGAUAAAAGCAUUGGCUACAGUUUUCAACUCGUGCUUUGUUAAGAUCGACUUAAUAUUAGAUAAGCACCUUAACUGAUAAAAACACGAACGAACAACAGAGUUCACCUGACUAUCAAAUCGCAGACCAGAGUCAAUCUUGAUGAAAUAGGUUUAAAUUAAGCUCCUGCAAGGGAGCUCGAGGAACUGCUGGAGCAUAGUACAGUCUGGCAUACAGGCAGUAGUAGGAUACACUCAACACUAUAACCAAGUGGAUGAAAUAGUGCACAGGAACCUCUGCACCAAUAUGGAAAUAACCCAGAAGAGGAUGUGAUGGAGGUUGUCAAUUAGGUGAUGAUGGCCAACCAACCAAACAUGAAUGUGGCAGUAGCAAUAGAUGUGGUGAUCCCAAAAAACAUUAAGAAGAGGGAUCACGAGAGCCUUGGGAAACUCCCUGAUCUAAAAAAAGAAAUAGAGAAUGUGAAGGUUCAACUCCUCACUCAUGCCACUGGUCGUCUGACCCCCAAACUGGGAGAACGGCCACAUAGAUGACAGAAACAACCUCAGACUUUUCUGUCCAAAACAGAUCCAUCUAAAAUGACUGGAAAAAGGAAGGUUUUUCAAUCAUUUAACUCAGAAUCUUGAACUAAAAAUACCUUAUCUGUCUUUCUCUUCUGUGUUUGGGAUAUUGUGUGGCAUUUAACCCAGUGUGAAAUGUUUAGGGCCUGCAUGUUAUGUUUGCGUCAGCUGUCUGGCCCAGGAGAGCAGAUGCAAUGCAAGCAUCUUUACAACACCCUUCAAUGGGAAACUAAAAGUGUGGGCUUAGGCACACAAUAGGUGGCUUACGAGGGCGUGAAGCUCAUCACAAUAAAAAAUUCACCCACUCACAAGCUAGCUCUCAUGCUAUGAAACUGUUAAAUUUUUUUUAGCUUUUUAAGAAUUAUCCUAUCUGUCCAUCAUAUCAAAAAUGCUGAUGAUUAUGCUUUUCUCUUCACUGCGGUGCAGCUGUACACAUCUACAGCACAGAGGUUACACUCGUACAUGCCACCACUCUUGGCUGUAGCAAAAGGAACGGUCGGAUACAACAGUGAUAAGAUAAACAGAUCGUAGAAACCAGCAGAAACUGUUACUGCCAGCAUUUUGUUUCCAUGCAUGAAAGGACAAAAGCAGUAAGCUCAGCAUAAACCUUUCAGAGCGCUGUACUCAUGCCUGUAGCUGCCCUGGUCAGCAUGACGCUCCAGUGCGGAUGCUCAAUGCCAGUCCUCUGCAGCCGUGGAUUUUCCAUGGCUUUAUCUGACCUGAGCCUCCACACCAAUCCACCACACACAAUGUAAAACUCUGGCUAAUCAGUUAUGGCACCCCAAACCUGUUUUUGUACCAAUCCUCAGGGAGCAGGAGUUCCGAACUUGCAAACUUAGUUGAGCUUUAUGGGUCAAAGCUUUGAUUGGAGUUCAUCUGAAUUGAACAUUACAAACAAGACAAUGGGCAGAAAGUUAUGGUCUGUCAAAUACUUUGGAAUUAUGUGUUUGGAAAUGUCAAAAUAAAAGGAAACCAGGAAUGUGUUCAUCCAACUUUCUCAACUCUCAACUUUUGUCUUUGGAUCCUGCUUUAGCUAGACUGUUGCUAACCAGAUUUCCACAUCCUCAUGUAAAAUCAAGGAAAAAGAGCCAAAAAACAUUUUAAAAACCACAAAAAUUCUACCAAACAAUAUCUCAUUAAACACGUUUACUUCUUCAUUUCGGCACCUUUUAAGCUCUGAUCUGGAUGUUCUUCAGAUCCAGCAAGAGAAGGGUUAAACAGGUUUGUUUUGACUCGUGGCAUUGUGCUCUGGCCCCUCCCCUUUGCCCCGUGGCAGUGUCAUGGCAUUGGCGUGUUAUAAAAAGGCCUCUGAGAUCCCCCCAGCUCUGAUAAAGAGGCUUAAUGUUUGCAGGACAUGCUCAAUGUUUGUCCUUCCAUGUCCUACUAACAACCAGCGUUGUUGACUCAUAGAUGCUCAGAGACUGGCGCACUGCUCCACUCAGGAGCGCUCUAUGACAAAAACCUGAGUUUAGAAGGAAGAGCAGCAGAUUCACUUCAGUUAGAUUUUGGAUUGUUGUUGUAUUUAGCUUUAGAGUGAUAGUUUAUUUAAGGAUUUUUUUUUAUUUGUACAGUUUUGGUCUUUAGGUGAAUCACUGCUAAGGAGAAACAUCAUCUUCCUUUACCUGAUUGGUUAUUUGUGUGUUGGCUUUUAACAUUUCUGUGUAGAAGUUACCUUUUGAGCUUGCUCCACCAUGUGGGAGUUCAGGUCUAUGUCUUUCUGGCGGGCGGUGUUUGCCGAGUUCUACGGCACCAUGUUCUUUGUAUUCUUUGGAUUGGGCGCAGCCCUCCGCUGGACCACUGGGCCCCAGAACGUUCUUCAUGUUGCUUUCUGCUUUGGGCUGGCGGCUGCCACCUUUAUCCAGUCCAUCGGUCACAUCAGCGGAGGACACAUCAACCCGGCCGUCACUUUUGCCUACCUGAUCGGAUCUCAGAUGUCCCUGUUCCGGGCUUUCUUCUAUAUCGUAGCCCAGUGUCUCGGGGCUCUGGCUGGUGCUGCUGUGCUGUACGGAGUCACACCCAGCAACAUGAAGGGAAACCUGGCACUGAACACUCUGCAGCCAGGAAUCAGCCUUGGCAUGGCCACCACUAUUGAGAUUUUUCUCACCCUCCAGCUGGUUGUCUGCGUCUUUGCGGUGACUGAUGAGAGGCGCAAUGGACGCCUGGGCUCUGCAGCCCUGGCCAUCGGCUUUUCCGUGCUCAUGGGGCAUCUUCUUGGGAUGUACUACACAGGAGCAGGAAUGAAUCCUGCAAGGUCCUUCGCCCCAGCGCUCCUCAUCAGGAACUUUGCCAACCACUGGGUGUACUGGGUGGGGCCCAUGAUUGGUGGUGCAAUCGGCGCUUUGCUGUAUGACUUCCUGCUCUUCCCACGUAUGCGUGGUCUCUCUGAGAGAAUUGCCACACUGAAGGGCACCCGGCCCCCAGAGACGGAAGCCCAGCUACAGACCAGGGGAGAGUCCAUCGAGCUGAAGACACAGGCUCUAUAAGCUCAGAGAAGAAGAUUGGUGUUCUGACACUCCCACACACACUUCCUGCACCAGCCUCUCCCUCAAUUCCUGUUCCAUCCUCAACCUGUACUGUUCUUGCACACAUACCUCCUCCCCAGCCUCCACACAAGCUCAUCACCCCCGUUGGUCUCCCUGUUCUGCAUCUCAAACUGGACCACAGUGAAAGGGCGCCCACAGCCCUGACCAUCGUUAUCCAACUUGAUCUCUGCCCACCCACCAUUCUCCUUUUUCUUUGUGAGAGGAAAAAGAUGGAGGGUUGGAGCAGAACUGCCUGAAGGAGACCCUGCCCCCUCUGGCCUGUGGUGUAGGACCAGAUAACAGCUGCUCAGGACAGGGUCCCGCAAUUUCAUCUUUUCUUUGUUUUUUCUUCCCUUUUCAUAGUCUGCUAGGAGUGAAGCUACAGUAGAGCAGUGGACUUCUGCAUGCUUUUCCAAUUUUGAUCAAGAGUGACCUCACUCUUUUUUG